AUGGUCAAAACCAGUUUCAUUGCUGUGGCAUUUGCAAUUUUGCAACUUACAAGUGCAACUGUUAAAAAAACAACCACUCUGAAAAAAUCUACUACAACGGCCAAAUCAACUUCAUCAAAAAGUGUUAGUACACCAACAUCAGUUGUUGUAGAAAAGGAAUAUCAUGAUUUUACCAAAGAAUAUUCAUUAAUUGUUAAUAAUUUUGAUUGUGAAGGAAACUUUAUAACUUAUCAACCAUUCACCUUGGAUGAAAUUGAAACUUCCAUUAAAUCAAUUGAUGAAAAAGAAAAAGCCACUGAAACUAAAACUGAUCCUCAUGCCAAAGAAGAAACUGAUAAAAAAAAUCAUAAAAGAAGUGUAGCUAAACCUUCUGAUUCACCAGAAACUGCAAAUAAAUACUAUCCAACCGUUGACUUUAGUGUUUCAAAAAUUGAAAAAAUUGAUGAAUCAAAUUGGAAAGUUGAUUUUCAUUUGAGUGCUUUGAAAAAUCCAACUGAUCUCAAAGAGCUUUUGGAAACAUCAGAACUUAAUGUUGAAGUAAAUCCUUGUGGUUCUACAAUUAUGGGAGAUUCAAUUAAGUUAUUUGGUAAAAAUGCAAAAUAUACCUAUAAAUCUGGAUUCAAUAUGGAUGCUACUAUUUUAAUUAAACCAUCAAUUCAUGGAGAUUAUUAUUGUUUACCUGAUGAUUUUGGUUUUGAAUAUAAAAUUACAAAUUUAGCGCAUUUAUGGCCCCAAAUAUUUUUUAGUGAUUUUAAAUAUACGGUUGGAAAAAAUUUUGAUAAACUUUUAAAUUCAAAAGAUAAAAGAACUAUUAAAACAGAUGAUAAAUCCAAGGAAAAUGAAGUUGAUGAUCAUCCUAUAAUUAAUAUAUAUGAUUCUGAAAUUGUUGAUUGGGCAGAAUGGACUGGUUUUUACACAAAAAAUUUGGAAAUUAAUAAUUAUUGUUGGAAAGUACCUGUUUGUGAAGUAAAAGAAAAUAUUAAAGAAGUGGAAUCUACUGAAUCUAAAGUUAAGACUACUGAAUCUAAAACAACUGAAGAUAAAAUUACUGAAGCUAAGACUACCACAGACAAAGUUACUGAAUCUAAAACAACUGAAUCUAAAGCAACUGAAGAUAAAAUUACAGAAGCUAAGACAAUUAAAGACAAACAUACUGAAUCUACAACUACUGAAGAUAUAAUUACUGAAGCUCCAACUACUAAAGAUAAGGCUACAACUACUGAAGAUAAGGCUACAACUACUAAAGAUAAAACUACUGAAUCUACAACUACUGAAGAUAAGACUACUGAAUUCACAACUGCUGAAGAUGAAACUACUAAGGCUACAACCACUGAAUUUACAACUACUGAAGAAGAAACUACUGAAUUCACAACUGCUGAAGAUGAAACUACUGAGGCUACAACCACUGAAUUUACAACUACUGAAGAAGAAACUACUGAAUUUACAACUACCGUUGAUGAAACUACCGAAGCUACAACUACUGAAUUUACAAGUAUUGAAGAAGAAACUACUGAAUUUACAACUACAGAAGAUGAAACUACUGAAGCUACAACCACUGAAUUUACAACUACUGAAGAAGAAACUACUGAAUUCACAACUAUUGAAGAAGAAACUACUGAAGCUACAACUACUGAAUUUACAAGUAUUGAAGAAGAAACCACUGAAUUCACAAGUACUGAAGCUACAACUACUGAAUUUACAAGUAUUGAAGAAGAAACUACUGAAUUUACAACUACAGAAGAUGAAACUACUGAAGCUACAACCACUGAAUUUACAACAACUGAAUUUACAGCCACCGAAGAUGAAACUACUGAAGCUACAACAACUGAAAAUGAAACUACUGAAGCUACAACUACUGAAUUUACAAGUAUUGAAGAAGAAACUACUGAAGAUGAAACUACUGAGGCUAUAACUACUGAAUUUACAACUACUGAAGAUGAAACUACUGAAUUUACAACAACUGAAUUUACAGCCACCGAAGAUGAAACUACUGAAGCUACAACAACUGAAAAUGAAACUACUGAAGCUACAACUACUGAAUUUACAAGUAUUGAAGAAGAAACUACUGAAGAUGAAACUACUGAGGCUAUAACUACUGAAUUUACAACUACUGAAGAUGAAACUACUGAAUUUACAACAACUGAAUUUACAGCCACCGAAGAUGAAACUACUGAAGCUACAACAACUGAAAAUGAAACUACUGAAGCUACAACUACUGAAUUUACAAGUAUUGAAGAAGAAACUACUGAAGAUGAAACUACUGAGGCUAUAACUACUGAAUUUACAACUACUGAAGAUGAAACUACUGAAUUUACAACAACUGAAUUUACAGCCACCGAAGAUGAAACUACUGAAGCUACAACAACUGAAAAUGAAACUACUGAAGCUACAACUACUGAAUUUACAACUACUGAAGAAGAAACAACCGAAUUCACAACUAUUGAAGAUGAAACUACUGAAUUAACAACAACUGAGUUUACAAGUGUUGCAGCUAUAACUACUGAAUUUACAACUACAGAAGAUGAAACUACAGAAGCUAAGACAAGUAAAGACGAAUCUUUUGAGACAACUACUACUGAAGGUAAGACAACUAAAAGUAAAAUUUAUGAAGAUAAAGCUACUGAAGCUAAGACGACUAAGGACAAAGUUAUUGAAUCUACAACAACUGAAGAUAAAAGUAUCGAAACUAAGACAACUAAAGACAAAAUUACUGAAGAGAAAACUACUGAAGCUAAAACAACUAAGACAACUAAAGACAAAACUAAAGAGAAAACUACUGAAGAUAAAUCCAAUAAAUCUACAACUGCAGAAGCUAAGACAACCAAAGACAAAUCUACUGAGACAACAACUACUGAAGAUAAAAUUACUAAAUCUAAAACUACCGAAGCUUUAACUACUGGAUCCACAACUACUGAAGAUGAGACUACCGAAUUUGAAACAACUAAAGACAAAGCUACUGAAGCUACAUCAAUUGAAGUGAAAAGUUCUAAACACAAGACUUCUGCAGAUACAACUACUAAAGACAAAAUUACUAAAGGGAAAAUUACUGAUUCUACAACUGAUGAAGCUACAACUACUGAUAUCACAACGUGGGAAGAUGAAACAAUUGAAGAUAAAACUACUGAAGAUAAAACUACUAAAGACAAAUCCACGAAAGCUAAGACGAUUGAAGUUGCAACCACUGAAGAACCUGCUACAACUGAAGAACCUGCUACAACCGAAGAAGAAAUCAUAACAGAAGAGCCAAUCAUUACUGAUGAACCAAUCACAACUGAAGAACCUGCUACAACCGAAGAAGAAAUCAUAACAGAAGAGCCAAUCAUUACUGAUGAACCAAUCACAACUGAAGAACCAUCAUUAAUUGAUACAUUUGAGACAGAUUCUCAAUUUACUGAAGAGUUUGAAGACUUUUUUGCUGAAUCUUUUGGAGCUAUUGAAACUACUGAAAUUAAAACAUAUUCACAAUCAAGCUUGGAAGAAAUUUUAGAGACAGAUGUUAUAGAAUAUGUUGAGGAGUCGAAAUCAUUUGUCAAAUCUGAAAAAACUACUGAAACCGAUGGUAUGUUUUUUACUUCAAGCUAUUCAUCAUCAAUUGAGGCUACUUUAGAACCAGAAACUUCAAUAAUUUAUUCAUAUUCCGUGGGAACACCUGUUUACACAUUUUACACUUUAGAGGAAAGUUCAACAGAAUCAAAAUCAACAACAACAAAAACAAAAACUACAGAACCUGAAGAAGAAUCAUUAGAAUCAUUAGAAAAAGAAUUAGUUGAAGAAGUGUUCAGUGAAGUAGAAAAAAUUUUGACUCAUACAACGGAAAAAAUUGAAGGUAAAUCAACCGCAAUUGAAAUUGGUACUUACUCUACUCAGCAAUUUGAUGUUGUUGAAACCAGCUGUCCAGAUAUUGAAGGUGAUGAGGAUGAUGAAGCUGAUGAAGAUGAUGAAGAUGAAAAUUGUGAAUAUAUCCCAACAUCAACUUUUGAAGGUUAUGCACCAGUGGUUUCCCAAUAUGUUACAAUUGAAACCAUCAGUGAUGAAGAAUCAACAACAACUAUAACUAAGACUAUAGGAAUUACAAUUACCUCAUAUUCAGAACCAUUUACACUCAUUCCAGCUACUAUUUCGGAAGAAUCAAAUUUUGUCGAUUCUACUUCAUACUCAAGCAGUGCUGUUUCAAUUCCUUCUGACAGUGAAUACACUGGUGCUGCAAAUACCAUGAGUUAUAAUGCAUUUGCAUUCAUUGGUUUACCAUUAGCUUUUUUGUUUUAG